AUGGAAGACGAAUCUUACUCUGUGCUGGCCGGAGUCCCACGGUUGGUCGACCACUGGUGUCUCCGACACGCAGUCGCCAUUACUCGGGGAAAUCCAGCCAGCUUACCAAGCCAGCGUUGCGCGGACGCGGAAGACGGCGUAAGAUUCCCGGACAAGUGCCAAUACUGCGCCAGCGUGGGUGGGCUGUGCAUCUCCCUCUUCUCCCUCAGCAGCUUAGGCGCUCACUACCCCCCGCUGGUCAUCAAGCUCAUUAACGUCAUCACAUGGGCGACAACAAGCGACCGCUUACCUAACCCCGUCUCGCCCGAGCUUGUCCAGCUGGGCCUUUUACAUAGUCGCCAUGAUGCAGUGGGACAAAUCCAGUUGCUCCUUACACGCACGGACAUCCCGAUGCCCAUUGCCGAUAUUCUCAACCCCGCCGAGCCGCCGAGCAACGAUGAGCCUUCUGAUCACGAAGAGCAGAUGCCCAGAAUGCUAUGCGGGGAAGGGCAAGACGAGCUUGGCUAUGCGGGUGUUCCAGAUCUAGACCCCCGGGGUUUCUACCGCCUGUCAUCGUUUCUGCCAGAUGGGUAUGAGUCUGAUGACUCGAGAAUUACGUGGGAUUCGGAGAGCGGGAUGCCUAUUAACAAGAGAGGCGAUUAG